CUCUCCCCUCAAAAACCAGCCUGUUGCAUCUUCAUACCUCCGCCACUCGCUCGCCGUUGGCGCUUCUUCUCUCAAAGUCGCCGGCUUUUCCCAUUUUCCUUUUCCGGGUCCUUGUUAUUUUCCGAGAAAAAUCAAGAGAGCUGAAAAAAGCAGAGGAAAAAACAUUUGGAAAUGCCUCCGGCAGCGGCUACGAUGUUUUCUCGUCCAGCGGAAACCCCUAAUUUCUACAAGAUUGUGAAUCCGGUCUCGGAUAUCGUCACAAUCGACGUCGGCGGCCAAAUCUUCCAGACGACACGGCAGACCUUGAGCCUCGCCGGACCCAAAUCGCUCUUCUCCCAGCUCACCGAGUCAACCGGGCUCGCCCCUCGGUUCAUCGAUCGGGACCCGGAGCUUUUCUCCGUCCUGCUUUCCCUCCUCCGUACCGGGAAUCUUCCCUCCAAGGCUAAAGCGUUCGACGUCGAGGAUUUGGUCGAAGAGUCGAGAUUCUACAACAUCGAGUCCCUGCUGAUCGAUUCCUUGUCUCACCAUUCUCAUUUCGAGGCAUUCAAUCUCGAGAAGUCGCUUCUCUUGCCGCUCAACGGCCGAGAUUCUCCUUCCACCGUCGCCACGACGCCGCUGGGGACCUUGCACGUAGCUCACGGCAGCAAAAUUACGUCAUUCGAUUGGUCGCUCCGGAAGAAAGCGACGAUUCUGACUCAAUUCACGGCGAUGGAUUCUCUAUUGGCCAUCUCCCCAACCUUGGCCGCCGCCGGUGCUACGGAUUUCUCCGGAUUGCAGAUACUCGACAUGGAGAAGGGAUUCGUCAGGGAAACCCUAAACUGGGAAAACGUGACGAAAUCCGGGUCAACGGUUCAGGCAAUCGGGUCCUCCCCGGGUCUUCUGUUCUCGAGCUUUGAGUCCAGCCGGAGGAACUCGAAUUGCAUCAUGGUGUACGAUAUGCAGACCUUCUCGCCGGUGACCCAGAUCGGCCAUUACGAGAUAUUCGGUGCCAAUCUCGAUUCCGCAAUCCCCUCCACGAAAUUGCAAUGGGUCGAGAGCUACAACGUGGUUAUGGCAUCCGGCUCUCAUUCUGGUCCAUCGGGUAGAUUAGGUAACGUUAAGCUAUGGGACAUAAGGUCCGGGAAUGUUGUUUGGGAAUUGAAGGAGAAAGUCGAUUGCUUUUCUGAUAUUACCGUCUCUGAUAGCCUUUCUGCAAUUUUCAAAGUUGGGGUGAAUUCAGGGGAAGUAUCCUAUAUGGAUUUGAGGAAGUUGGGUGAUGAGGAUUCUAGCAAAUGGGUUUGUGUUGGUGAUGAAAGGAAAGUUGGGAAUGUGAAGAAGGAAGGAGUUGGUUGCAAGAUUGAAGCACAUGGGAACCAAGUGUUCUGCAGCAAAGAUGGCAAUAUUGAGCUUUGGUCUGAGAUUAUGAUGGGUAGUCGAAGAACCAGCGAAAGGUUGCCCGAUCGAGUGUUUAGGAAGAACCUGAUGGGGAGAAUGAAGGAUAUUGGAGGAGCUAAGAUAACCAAUCUGGGGUUCGGAGGGAACAAAAUGUUUGUUACUCGUAAAGAUCAGCAAUCUGUUGAGGUGUGGCAGAGUUCUGCCAAGGGAUUUUGAUGUCUUUUGCAAGCCUGGUGAAGUCACUAUGUGGUUUGUUUCUGUACCAUAUUAGUUGUGUUGUAAAAUUUGCAUUCUUUUCUUCAUUGUCUUAGUUUCUUAGAUUUGCUUCUUUGAUUAUUAUGAAUCUGUAAAUGUGUCGUGUAAUUCAUAAGUGUUUAUAGAUUAGCUAGUUCCUUGAGGCUCUGAAUCAAAUCUUCAGUGAUGAAGCCUCAUAAAUCUGUAGAACUACUUCAUACACCAUAUACAAUCAGUUACUAGAUACGAUUCAUUCGGCUUUCGAAGAUGUGGAAUGUUUGUUGUUUGUCUGGUACCUUGUAUACCAAAUUCUUCAUCAGUCCCGUUUCUUUCAUCUGAGCACUGUGUGUUGUUAAUAUAAAGAAUUUCUAUCAUGUGAAAACUGUGUUGGCAUGUUUGAGAAUUGACAUUGGUUACGGCGUAUGCAGGCCUUGGCACAACCGCGUACUAAUGCUGGCAUUGAACAAAAGAACACGCUAAUGCACUGCAGCCCCAUAAGCUGAUAAGCAUGCUAACCAAAUUGCUGAAAAUGGUAUGUAUUUUUCUGGGUGGAGGCUGAAAACUAGCCCGUUUUGCCGAUCAUUUGUGCUGCAAUUAGAUUUCUUAUUGCUCCAGCCUCUGUAGGAUUUGGUUUCUCCAUUAGUAAUCUUCUCUCAGUUUGUACACUUGUGAGCUAGGAAUACUAAAAAGACGAGAAUCGGUAUUCAUCUAAAAGGUAUCCUCUUGAGAAGAACACUGACCCAGAUGGUAAGUACUAAAUACCAAAUUGUCAGCAUCUUGGCCGGCUUCUCGUGUGCUAUGUGUGUCCACUUAAUUGGUGUUGCUUGAAACAAACAAGCUGGGAGAUGCUUCCUCCUGCCAUGAAGUGAUCAGAUUCCAUUUCUUUUUAGCAGUCCGUCAAGAAUUAUAUGCUCUUUUAAGCCUAUGCUGUUGUCUUGUAUGGAAUGAACGAUAUUCGUAAUUGGUUUUGCUAUUCUUCCUCUUAAUAGAGAAUACUGAUUCAAGCCAUUUUCCAGGGACGCUCGUUCCUUUCCCUAGCAGAAAAUCCAGAGCACAAACACCAACGCGACCGCACCUUUACAUCUUCUGAUAAUGGCAAUCAACUGAAUCAUGGUUUGUCUUUUGAGUACAUUGGUAACGUCAAGCCAACAAAGUUACCUUGUAUUUUAUCUAGUUGCAUUUUGGUUUAAGUCGCUUAGGGUUGGACAACAAGAAAUGGGUAUUUAUUUAGGUAUACUCAUACUCAUCCCUUUUUUAUGGUUACAAGCAAUGUUGUCAAAAUCGUAGGAUUUUAGGAUUUUACUUAGAGAUUCCGAUCCUGAUUUUACUAUAAAUCGGUGGAAUUAAAAUCGUUCAAAAUCGGAAUUAAAAUCGUUAAAAUCGUACCAAAAUCGGGAUUUUGAUCCUAUGUGAACAAAAUAGGCAGUUUGAGACAAUUCAAAAGAAGCAGAACUGUUUCGGUGGAAAGGGCAAUGACGGCUAUCUUCUCAUAUAUUUUUCCUAUUAAAAGAACAUUUGAAAA